CAACGCGAUCGGUAUUUUCAUCAUCUACAUGGAACCGCUGAUGAUGUGUAUCGAUUUGAUAGCAUCGAUGAUCAAUCAAAAGUUGCUUAUCGACUGUAUGGAUCGUCUGGAAAAGGUAGAUCAGAAACUCUCCGGAGAAAACAUUUUCAUCGAUAACCGACGAAUUCAGCGUUACAUCAUCAUACUGCUGGUGGCGGUUUUUCUUUUCGAGUUCUUGUUGACCACAUACAACUUCGUAGUAUUUUCCGGAACCAUCACACUAUGGUCUAUGCUGUGGUUUGUUACCGCUUUUCCCACCGGAAUCAAUUCUGCGAGUCGCAUUUGGUUCGCUAUAUUGGUUUUGGUCGUAAGGCACCGAUUUCAUGCUAUGAACAAUCACAUGGAUGAACUGUCUGGACUAUUGGAAGAGCACAACGAACGCUGGGAAGAUGAGUUAGAAAUUGAAAAACACAAUAUUCCUAUGAAUUUUCUUGAGAAGGAAAUUUUCACUAUACGAAGCCAGAGGGCAGCAGGAUUGCAGUGGAGAAAAUUCGGUGCAGCGGGCGGUACGAAAAUAAUAAAUGUUAAACCAAUCGAGAAAAAGUUCGAUAACGAAAAAGCGAUUACUCUAAAACAGUCAAUGUUUGAUUUUUUAUCAUUUGAUAAGUAUAUGAGAAUCGAUGAAAAGCUGGAUAAAAAAAUGAUCUUGAUUUGUCGUACGCAUGAUGAACUUUGCGAAAUUGGCAAAUCCAUCAAUCACAUGUUCAGCUUCCAGAUGUUGGUUUCGAUGGCACACGGUUUUAUGGCAAUCACCGCCCAGUUCUAUUUUCUUUACUGUGCUUUAUCCGGUCAGGAUGUUCCGGUACUCUUUCGAUCGGCACAAGUGCCACAAAUUGCCGUAUUGAUGAUUUUCUACAUUGCUGCCAAAUGCGUGAUUUGCAUUUACGUGUGCUGGAAAACCAAAACCGAAUCACAACGUACCGGAAUCUAUAUGCACCAUUUGGCAAACAUGGUCGAUGAAACACACUUCUAUCAGAUAGUGAACCAUCUUUCACUGAAGUUGUUGAAUCAUCAGUUCACGUUUAGUGCGUGCGGAUUUUUCGAUCUGGACAUGACCACCCUCUAUGCGAUUACCGGUGCCAUCACUAGCUAUUUGAUCAUACUAAUCCAGUUUAAUUUGGCUGCCCUGCAGAAAUCUGGUAAUUCCACUACCAGCGCAAAUGUUGCAAGUACCGUGGCUGCGACGGUGGCUACAUAUUUGAACAGUACAACUACUACUACUGCAUUGAGCACCUAUGCUAACUAAAUACCAAUCGAAAAAUCUGGACAAAAUCAUAGCAUCUUAUGGGCUUUUGCCACUUGCUUGGGCUUUUCAAAGUGUUUUUAA